GCAACACCAAGCCGUGAUCCAACUGCCAGAAAAUUUGACAUCUUUCAAUUGUGUUUUUCCCGUGUCGUCUAACCUGUCGUCAGGAUGGAUUUACAGCAAAAACUCAAAGAGCAGGGCUGGCACAUAACCAACGACGGCUUGAGCAAAUUGGCCGCCGACGUUGACAAGUCCGACACCCGAAAGGUGGUGCAGUCGCUGCUCGAUAUCGAUCUACGCGACGUGGGAGCGGGUGCACUGCCCGCGGAGAUCUCGCGGAAAGAGGAAUCGAUUCCGGGGCGUAUCGUCCUGCAAAUUGUUAAGAUUCGCAACAUUUCCGCGCCGAAAUCCAAUGAGGAGUCCAAGACCGCUCCGCGUUUCCUUUAUGUGGAGUUCACGGACGGUGCCGUGCAGAUAUUCGGGUUAGAAUUCGAGCAUAUUUCAAGUAUUAGUCUGAACACGCCACCCGGGACGAAGGUCUUCAUGAGGGCGGAGAAGAUUCCGUUGAUGCAGGGAAUUCUGGUGCUUCGUCCCAGCGAUGUGCAGGUCUUGGGCGGGGAGGUCGCAGCCUUGGUGGAGAAGUGGGAACUCACGAGAACUUUGCAGAAAUACGCGCGCGGCGGCCGGAUAAACACUGGGUCGUCCGGGCCGCCACCAUGGAUCCCUUUCGGUCAGAAGAUCCAGCAAUUCAACGAUAAUAAGAACUUCAAGAGUUUGGCUGCGGGCAAUGGACCGGAGAAGGAGAAGGACGCCAAAGAGAAUGAAUUCGACGCGAUGCGGAACGAAGCGAUUGCGGAAGCGGCGAAAUCUGGUGCUAAAAAAAUCUUUGGCGGUGGAAAUCAACAAAUGCUCGAUCACAACGUUAAGAAGAUCAUCGAGAAGGGUUUCUCCGAAAUCGAUGCCAAGAACGCGUUGCGGGCCACGCGGAACAACUUGGAGAGGGCCUUGUACAAUUUGAAGCGACGGGACGACGUCCGCGAACGGCCAGACAACAAAGAGGUUGCGCGAGGCCCGCCUAAGCGUGGCACUUUCAAAGAAACCAAGAAACUCGGCGGCAAGGAGGAUCAAAUCGCUGCGCCAACGAAGCCGGCAGGCAAUGUGUCCUUAUUCGAUUUCCUCACUGACAAAUUGCCAGCGAAUUCGGAAACGACAACGCCUUGCACAGACACCACCAACACUACGUCUUCCACUAACAAAUUUGAUCGACCUCCCAACAAAUUCGACUCCUCAAGACCCGGGAACACUUCCUCCAGCCAACAGCAUCAGUCCGGGGGCUACCAGUCUCAAAGCAGCAUUCCAGGCAACCAGCAGGCGUCGUCGGCAGUGUCGAGUAGCCAACAGCAAUCGAGUAGACCGACCAAGUUUGAAAACAACAUUUCCUCGAGCUUUGCGAACCGGAACACGACGAACAGCUUCGAUGGUAGCGAUUUUAGCAAUUAUCGGAAUCGCAACAGGAUGGAUCGGAACGACAGGAAUGAGCGGAGUUCCCGGGGCGGUGGUUCGUCGUCGUACAGCAUGCGACAGCCUUCUGAGAUGGGACGAGGCGGCGGGCAUUCUUCCCAGCGAAAUUCGAUGAGACCCUCCCAGGAACGGGAGCGAGGCUCAAAUUAUCAACAAUCCGCGAUGAAUGCAGAUUAUCGCGACAAUCGAAUGGACGCGCAGAGGGGCGGAAGCGAGAAUAGGUCGUAUAAAACGCCAUCGGGCGCAACAAGGUAUUCCAACAAACCCAACUACUCCAACAAUUUCCCUCAAAAUAACUCGAACAAUAACCGAAACUAUUCGGAUAGUCGGAAUACGCCUCAUAGCGACCAACAAGACUCGGAAAAGGUGAAAGAUCUAAUCGAGGACGUGGCCAGAAUGAAAUUAGAAAGCAAACCAUCGACUCGUGGCGGAGGAGCGAACAGAAUGCAGCGAAACCAUCCAAAUUCGCAACAACAGAACAACCAGAAGCAAUCCCAGCAACAAUCGGCAGCGCACCAGCAGCAGCAAAAUGUGCAGGUCACAUCCCAAUCGCAGCAACAACUCCAGCAGCAGCACGCGGUCUACACUCCACUUCCCAACGGUUUCGCUUACGACCCGAAUAAGAUUUUAGGAUUUCAGAAUAAGGAGAGCAACGAGUACGCCAUGAGCAUGCUGAAGAGUCAGUCCUUGCCUCCAGCAGGCUCAACGAUGCCAACUCCACCGCCAAACGCUCACGCCCAAUACUCGCAGGGAGCGCCUCCCAUGCAGAUGGCUCCGCAGCAAUCGUUCCACCCGGCGCCGCCGCAGUUUCUGAUGCAGGCGCCCCCAACUGUACGGACAUUCGGCAUACCAGCGAUGGACGGUGGAUUCAACUGGAAAAUUGGUGAUCGGUGUCUAGCGAAAUAUUGGGAAGACGGAAGGUACUACGAAGCCGAAAUUACUGGACUAUCCGACGAGACAUGCGUCGUCCUCUUCCUAGGCUACGGCAACUACGAAGAAGUCCUCAAGCCCGACUGCUUGCCAAUUAACAGCAAUCAUCCUAUUGUUCAGCAUCAUCAUCAAGCGGGCGUGCCGCCGCAACAGCUGCAGCACCAGCUCCAUCAGCAGAACAACGCUCGUGCGGGAACAACAGCGGGAGUCGCAUCGACUGGCCGAUAUCGAGGCGAACGACAAAUGUACGUUCCCCCGCCGAAACGAGAGGCGUAGAUAAAAAAAUUCCAUCAAAUCCUCCCCCAUUCGAUCACAGCAAGCCACUCUCAUUUCGCGUAAGACAAGAAAAAGAAGUUGAAAAUCCGGAGACCAGCAAAAAUGAGAAAUUUCGAAAGUUUGUAAUCUCAAAGGUUUUCGUCCUUCUGAUACGGACGGAACGUGCAUGCAUGUGUCAUUCACACACACACUCACCCACAUAUCCCAUCAAAUGUGAAUUGAAUGUAUUUCUCGGUUGUAUUAGUGUUCUUUCGAUGUUUUUCAUCCUUCUAUAUUUUUCUAUUCCGCUGUUUAUAUUCUUCGCCAUCUUUCCCUUCAUCUGUCGGAUCUUCAGGCCCCAGCUCACCCUUUAUCGAAGCGUUUCCUUUGUUUUCGUUGGGAGUGGGCAGCCGGUAAUCGGGUGCAGAUUUCUAAGCAGUCCUUUUGGCAUCCCCAAGCUUGGUAUUCCUAGAAAGCAACCAAGCAUUAAAGGGUUCCACAAAAACUUGUCUAAAAAUCUGUAAGCGAUCACUUUUGCUCGCUCCUGCGCACUAGAAAUCUGCCAGGCGGUGACUUUAUUUCGUUGAAAUAGUAUUUUAUGUAGGAAAGGAAAAUAUCGUCUUUAUAUAUAGCAACAAAGAAAUUAAUUUAUAAUAAAAAAAUAUCAAAAAUGU